AUGAAUUUUCGAGGUAUGAACAAAAAUAAGUUUUAUAUUAGAACUUUUUACUAUGUAGAAGCUAUAUGUGUCGCAAAUUACUAUCUAGAUUGCUACAAGUUUCAUAUAAAGUAGCCAAUAGUCAAUUAAAAAGCUAUAUAAAAUGUAACAAUUUGUGAUAUACUUAUAGAAAUGUUUCGUAAAGUUUCAAGAUAGUCAAUCUGUUUAUAACACUGAUAUAACUAUAAUGCUAUGUUAGUUGUAGCGAUAUCAAUAAUAGUUGUCGAAACAUAAGCCAACAUAAAAGUAUAUUAUUAAACCUGUGGUCAAUUAACUAUUACGACUAUUAGAAUAAGCUUCUCAAGUUUCGCGGUUAAUAAUUUUUACUAUGUGUAAAAUAUUAAUCAGAUAUAGUAUUACAAGUUAGCUUUUAAUGCCGAACGAGGUUUCUCAGCGAAUCUCUUGAGACGAAAACGAGUACGAUUACAUUAAUUUAGAACUUUGAUACGAAUACAGAUUGGUUUCUAUAAAGUAGUUUAGUUUCAAAAGUUUUCAAGAGCUGGUCAACAAUGUAUAGGCUAUUUGUGAAAUAUUUAGUUCAUAUCCGUCUUUGUACAAAUGCAUUUUCGAAACUCUGUCGUGGCUACAUUUGGGGAUUCCCCUUCUCUUGGACGCCGUGUAGUAAAGCUUAUACACUCGAGUUGAGGUUAAAAAUUAACGCUUUGACUAAAAAGUAGUUGAAUUUACAGCUAUCAGAAAGCUUCGGAUGGAUAGGGAUACAACUACCUGAAAAAUACAAGGAGAAUUUCGACGUUUCGAGCGAAGGCGCUUCGUCGGAGAGUUAUAGUGGCGAAGCUCGGGAAAAUUACAUGAACUUUUAUACCAGUGAAUAUAAAUCAGCUAUUUAAAACUAUCUAUAUGUCCCUCUGUCAAUCGUGUACUGUUUUUUCAAUUUCUCAUCUGGCAUCUCAGAAUUUCGUGCAUCGUGUAUUAUUUAUUACAAAUUCCUUGUUGCUGUCCCUUUCAUUGUUAUGAAACAAACUUGUGGCCAACGGAAACGUUUUGUGAAAUCAACAGUAAGAUGGAAGAAUGUAUUGCAUGUAUAAGGCUCAAAGAAGGCUGAGAAUAAAGUCAUGAGGCAAAAGUUGAAUGAUUUUGUUGUUGAUAGAAAUUUCGAUUAAAAACUAGAUACAAAUUUUAGACGUAUACCGGAAGUUCUGAAAAGUGAAGAAUAUUUAACAGUAUAUACCGGCGUAAGACUAGAAGUUGCUGAGUGGACAAAACACACAAUUUUAAAGCUCGUACCUUCGAGAACAGCUUUUCUUCUUUUCAUUAAGUUUUUAAAACAUUCCACAUUUCCUACGUUUCCACACACCUACGUCUGCUACGAGAAAACAUCGUUUCAUAAAACAUUAAACGUGGGAAAUCCCCAAUCAACGCAAAGUAAUGAAAAUGAAAGUCCCUAGUGCCAGGUUCCCAUUUCUGAUUUUCCCACGCGAACACCACCGAUCACUGAAUUAAUACUGUGAUAUUAAUGGUUUAGAAAGCGUUACGUCGCAUCAACUUAUACUACAAACGUUUUGACACUUAUUGAAAACUAAACUACAUACAGACAAAUUUGGCCAAGGUUUGUUUAUAGACAAUUCACAACUUUAGAAAACUCACAUAUGCCUAUAGUUAACUAUUGCUCUAGUUUACAUAUAGCAUAGAACAACAGUAACUAAACUUUAGAAUUAUCUACAUGAGAAGUUACUUUGUUUUAUUCUGUGCUUCUGUCAACUAGAGCAAUAUAGUUAACUAGCCAAAUUUGUCAAUAGACCUUUCCCCUUUUGAGUGAAAUUUUGAUCUAGACAAGUCUGGACAAAAAUUUCAUUACAGCUGGAAAGAGCAUCACAAAAUUAGUAAUAUUCCGAAGUUUCGUUGCGAAAAGUUGUAAAAUGCGGAUAAUAUAGCCUUGCGAAGUUUGCCGUUUUUCAGUCAUUUUGCAUUAAUACAAACGGGAAAUUGAUAAUCAGAUGAUCAAACUUUCACUCAUAAGGGGAAAGGUCUAUUCACAACUUUAGAUAACUCACAUAUCAUGCCUAUAGUUAACUAUUGCUCUAUAUAGUUUACAUAUAGCAUGAUAUAUAGAACAACAGUCACUAAACUUUAGCAUUAUCUACACGAGUGAAGAACUCUGAUGCAUAAUUCUAAUGUUUUAAGUUACUUUUGUCUUUGUUUUAUUCUGUGCUUCUGUCAACUAAAGCAAUAUAGUUAACUAGCCAAAUUUGUCAAUUGCUAUGUGGCUUUCACUAUAGGGAGCUUAAGCAUGCAGGACGGCAACACGACGACCAAAACAAAUUCCUUCAAAUAAAUGAUAGUGAAGAAAACUUGUCGUAUAUUAUAAUUCGUAUGAAUUUAUACAGUAUAAGAAGUUGAAAACAUUGGUUUUAUGUUUGGGAAGAGUUCUACUGACCGAAUUUUAAGUCGCACUUGUUACGACUUGAAAUACAGGCGUUGUAUAAAAGACGUGAAAAUCUCGGUGAUUUGCCGUUGAAAACAGAGCGACGACUACGUCUGAAACUUCCCUUGUACUUUAAUUAUUUCUUUCUUUUCAUUGACUCAUUGUAUUGGUUGCCGUCGUCGCCGUAUUGUCGUCAUACAUGCUUAAGCUCCCCAGGGUUGGUAAGUUAGAUGAAUAAUUAGUGCAAAUUCGUUAUCAGUGCCGUUUAGAAAACAAAGAAAACAAAAGGCCAAGACAAAGAAAACAAAGGCCUAGUGUGACGGUGUUUGGCCUAAUUAUUCAGCAAACCUACCAACUCUGAAGCUCCCUACUAGCAACCAUGUAAACAAUGUUAGCCAAUUUUGUCUACUCAUGCAGUGACGAAAUUACCAUUAUAGCCAGCGAAGCCGGAACUGGGGGGGGGGGCAGGAGGGGCAGCCGCCCCUGUUGCCCUUUACCAGGAGGGGCAAGGGGGGCAAAGGUGCCCUAUCAAUUUAAAGGAUUGCCUUGGCGAAAUAGCGAAUUGUCAGAAAUGUUACAAAUUUGCUUCAGAAAACGCAAGAAAUGCAGUCAUCGAGCUUCAAGAAUAGCACAAUCGCCUGACGGAGAACCCCCUCACACCCCUAUCAUCCAAUAAAUAGAAAACAUGAUUAGGCGAAGUUCAACUCCCUAUGUUUUGCAAACAUCUCUUAGUAUAUAUCAAUUCAAAAGCGCCCUUUCACGAAAAUCUGCCCCCCUUGCCUUCGCAACGUUCCGGCGUCCCUGAUUAUAGCCUCUCUCACGUUCGUCCAUGACUAUUUGUGGGCGGUUUUACUUAGCAAAAUACUUCAACAUCUUACCUAAAUAUAUCAAUGCAUAUAUGCUCGUCAAUUUUUCCCAAAUCUACGAUUAUAAACCAAAACCAGGGUAUCUUAACCACUGUCUUCCCUCGUCAAAGAAUCUAGACAAUUAAAACAAUGUGAAAAGCGACUUUACAAAGUUGGAACUAUACAUUUACCAUUAAACACACAACUAUACAGUGAUAAAAACUCGCAUUUCGCAGUGUUUACACUCCCAUACAUUCAAAAUGGCGGAUAAAGCGAUAAUGAGAAAGGCUGAAUACAGUAUCAGUUAAAGUAAAAUAGUAAUUAAAUUAUUUGAUUUGUUUUUUUCUCAAUUUUCAGACAUCAGUGCAAGUGCGGUCACUCUAGUGUGUGUUUUAUUUAUCUUCAACGCGCUCGUCGUUCACAAGACUGUGGGACGACAUCUAGACGCCAGCUACAAAUUAUUCAAGUACAGAAAUCUUCUUCAAACUGCGAAAGAAAUUAACGACAUUGCUGAUGAAACAAUAGAAGAAUUUGUAAGUACUAUUAUUUCUCAUCCAAUUCACAUAUAUAAUUCAAAUCUUGGUUACCUUUGUUCCAUACCAUGCUUACAUUAUCAGAACAGUGGUAACUAGGCAUGUGAGUUAUCAAUUCACUCACAUAUAUAAUUUAAAUACUUGGUUACCUUUGUUCCAUUAUAUGCUUACAUUAUCAGAACAGUGGUAACUAUAGGCAUGCGAGUUAUCAAUUCACUCACAUAUAUAAUUUAAAUGCUUGGUUACCUUUGUUCCAUUCUAUGCUUACAUUAUCAGAACAAUGGUAACUAGGAUAAGCGAGUUAUCAAUUCACUCACAUAUAUAAUUCAAAUGCUUGGUUACCUUUGUUCCAUUCUAUGCUUACAUUAUCAGAACAGUGGUAACUAGGCAUGUGAGUUAUCAAUUCACUCACAUAUAUAAUUCAAAUGCUUGGUUACCUUUGUUCCAUUCUAUGCUUACAUUAUCAGAACAGUGGUAACUAGGCAUGUGAGUUAACAAUUCACUCACAUAUACAAUUGAAAUGCUUGGUUACCUUUGUUCCAUUCUAUGCUUACAUUAUCAGAACAGUGGUAACUAGGCAUGUGAGUUAUCAAUUCACUCAUAUAUAUAAUUUAAAUGCUUGGUUACCUUUGUUCCAUUCUAUGCUUACAUUAUCAGAACAGUGGUAACUAGGCAUGUGAGUUAUCAAUUCACUCACAUCUAUAAUUCAAAUGCUUGGUUACCUUUGUUCCAUUCUAUGCUUACAUUAUCAGAACAGUGGUAACUAGGCAUGUGCGUUAUCAAUUCACUCACGUAUAUAAUUUAAAUGCUUGGUUACCUUUGUUCCAUACUACUGUAUAUGCUUACAUUAUCAGAACAGUGGUAACUAGGCAUGCAUGCGAGUUAUCAAUUCACUCACACACUGUAUAUGAUAUAAAUACUUGGUUGCCUUUGUUGGAUUCUAUGCUUAAUUAUCAGAACAAUGGUAACUAGGCACGUGAUUUAUCUGAAGUGAACUGGCUGGCUGAAUGGUUAUUUCAAUCUUUUAUUUAGAAAGCCAAGUCUUUGUUUGGUUAUCAUGUAAAACGACCAAUGUUAGUUUGCAACGUCAUAUACAAAAACCUUAAGUUGACAGUAAGUGACAUGUUGUUGUUGUUUGUUGUUGUUUUAACAGAAUUACUUGUUGUAGAGUUAAGCAUAGUUAGAUCAUACAGAGGUACUACAUGUUCUUGAACGUGGGUCACCUUAUAAAGUGAUCUGAUGUUGUACUGAAUUCAAUAUUGAGUUAAGCAUAGUUAGAUCAUACAGAGGUACUACAUGUUCUUGAACGUGGGUCACCUUAAAGUGAUCUGAUGUUGUACUGAAUUCAAUACUGAGUUAAGCAUGGUUAGAUCCAUGUGGGCUAUCUUAAAGUAAUCUGAUGUCAUCUUUUAUUUGCAGGAAAGAGAGAAAUUAAUUGUGAACGAGAAAAAAAUACGUGUAUUUCUUAAACCGCUGACCAAAGUCACCGCUGACAUAAAGAAGCAACCAAAUGCAACACAUUUCCUAAAUGAUUUGAUGUUGUUGCGGUACAAGGUCAUCGACUUGAUUUUGACAGUAAAAUAUGUUGUAAGUAUAAACACUAUAAUAACUCAGUAAGACAUGAUCCUUACUGGACCUCUAGGAAGAACAGUUUAGAACUGAUAGAGCUAUCCAGUAUAAAUAAAGUUAGUUUAGUUUAGGUUUCCUCCCGUAGUGACACUGAAUCAAUAAGAGAUGAUCUUUACUGGACCUCUAUAGUGAGAACAGUUUGGAACUGAUAGAGCUAUCCGGUAUAAAUAAAGUUAGUUUAGUUUAGGUUUCCUCCUGUAGUAACACUGGAUCAAUAAGAGAUGAUCCUUAAUGGACCUCUAGGAAGAACAGUUUAGAACUGAUAAAGGUAUCCAGUACAAUUAAGUAAAGUUAGUUUAGUUUAGUUUAGGUUUCAUCCUGUAGUAACACUGGAUGUCUAGAGAGGGCAGUUCAUGGAACUGAUAAAAUUAAUCAUCUCAAAUAAAUCAAAUGAUAUCAAAUAAAUCAUUUCAGUAUAGUCAAUAAUUUCUCUUGUUACCUUUUAGGAAAGACAUUUGCAUAACGAUAUACCACAAUCCAGUAACACCAAGACAAGACAAGCCAGUGGUCCACCGUACCAGACACCCUCAAAUAUCAGCCUAGGAAAUAAAAUAGUCAGUUUGCUUCAGUGCUUUCGACAAGAACUGUUUUAUUCUGCACGCUUUUACCAAGAUAAGGUGAAAGAACUAAAAAAUGCCAAAUAUGUAUAGUUCCUACAAAAUGAACAAGCGUAUUUUGCCAUGUCAUUGCUUGCAAUGUUAGAAAGUAAACUUCAUAAGUUGUUAUUAAAAAAUUGAAUAAAAAUUUUUUUAUAAAAUAAGUUGAAUCGAAAAUAUAUUAUGCAUAAGUUUUAAUAAGUUAGUAACCGCAAUUGUCA